AUGUUUCCCCUCGACGGACCGGCUGCCUUCGCGGAUACCGAUAAGCUGUCGUUUCUGGCUGAUAUCGUCAACGCCAAUCCGGUUCGACAUGGCAACUCUGUGCCACUUGAGCAAGCCUAUGCGAACUUGACCGAGGACCGACUGAAGAGAGCCGAGGCGGAGAUGCGGGAGACGAGGACUACGUCGGACCCCGACGUGUCGGUCUUGCUUCGCGAGCUGUCGAUUUUUGGCCAUGCACAGCCGCUCUCGAACGAAUCCCGUUUGCUUAUGCGGAGGAAGAUACAAGCUCUGGACAUCCGCGCCGGUAUGCCUGCAAUCUGGAUUACCAUCAAUCCUAACGACAUUAAUAAUCCGGUAAAGCUGAGGCUUGCCAUUCAUAGGCUCCACGAUUAUGAGUCUGCAAAGGAACUUUUGGCCGAUCUCCGUGAAAGGUACGAUAGAAUCGCCCUCAGCACCAUGGAUCCGGUCAGCUCGGCCAUUUUCUUCCACCGAGAAAUAUCCCUAUUCUUUGACAAAUACGUGAACACAGGCCAGGAAUCGAUCUUCGGGAAGAUCAGCCACUACUACGCCACGGUGGAAACGAACGAGCGAGGCAGCCUCCACUUGCAUGGACUCCUCUGGCUGGACGGCAACAUGCGACUGCCGAACCUGAUGGACGACAUGGCCAACCCCGCGGAAGAAGCAUAUCGUGCCCAAGUGAUCCGAUACGUAGACUCUGUCUUUCACGAGUGUCUAGAUGAAGAUGCCGGAAAAGCCGUGCGACAACAGAGGAAGCCCAUCCAUCCUGUGGGGGAGGUCAUGACCAGCACCUCGGCUCUCACUGCGGCCUUCGAAGACGAAUCCAACUUCGUCGCGUACUGUUGCCAAGUGCACUCCCACACGUACACCUGCCUCAAGUAUUCUCUGAAGGGGGUUGCCGAACAGGGUGCGGAUCCACAGGGACGGACGGCCUGCCGCUUCAAAGCACCGUGGAAGAUCGUCGAGGAGACAGGGUUCACAGAGGAUGGCUUGCUUCAGAUCCGGCGCAACCAUCCGCUCGUCAACCGGUACAACAAGUCACUGGCGGUCGGCCUUCGUCAUAAUCACGACGUCUCGAUGAUCUUGACCAAAACCAAGGGCCUGGCCAUGGUGUACUACAUCACGAACUACGCCACCAAACUGGAUACGCCGAUGUGGAAGCGCAUUGCUCUCGCCGCCGAGGUUGCCCGCCAACUCCGCGAAGCCGGUCGUCCGACGUCUCGCGCACCAGAUCCCGCCCUGCCCGACAACAGGCAGCAGGCAGUGUUGAACGAAAGCCGUCAAUUCCUGAUGAGAACGGCAAAUCGGAUCUUCUCCGAGCGACAACUCUCGGCCGUAGAGGUCUGUUACCACCUCCUUGGAUAUGAUACCGACUUUACCAACGUGCCGCAUUGGUCCUUUCUGAACUUGACGGCCCUCUACUGGACAAUCUUUCGGCUAUGGGCACAUCUCCGCCAUCAGGCCGGCGAGCUGACGGACGCCGAACACCCCCCCGAGACAAUCCCUCUGAGGCAAGGAGGGCGAACCCUUCUAUGCCUAGAAGCGUACGCCUACCGCGGUCAUGUUCUACAAGACUUAUGUCUGUAUGACUACAUGUCAAUGAUUCACUUGUUGCGUCGAAAUGGUCGGAGUGAAGAUGAGUCUCACAUUUUUCUCGAUGGGCAGGAUUCCGACUGUGACGGCUGGAUGCAAAAGCUUCGACGGCCCGACCAGUACGCCGUCCCGAUCUUCCAAGGAUACAUCAGCGACGACCAUGAGGACGAUCACCCAGUCUAUAUUAAGCGAAACUCUGUCCUACAUUUGGCGUUAUUCGUCCCUUGGGAAAACUUCAUUUCUGAGAGCCUAGGUGAUAUAACCGAAAUAUGGACGAGGCAUCGAGCGGGCCUUUGUCCCCGUCUCCGUUUCUACGUCUCUAACAUUUGUCUUUUGAGAAAGUCUGCCGAGGACGCGCGUAAGGACGCGAAGCUCUGGGCCAGUCGAUCGGAGGGCGACGACACAAUUGACGUUGAGUACCCACUUGACGAUGGCCGAUACGAAGAAGAGCCUCCGGCGAUGGCUCAUCGUCAGGCCUACAGAGCUCUACUCCAGAUUUUGCGAAAUGCCGUCCAGGACACGGACGCCACAAAAGACUCACCCGUCCUUGGAGGUUUAAUACGCGAUCUGUGCGAAGAGAACCCGACUGAAGACGAGCAACCUUUUGUCCAACGUCAAGAGGAUCUGUACCGGAAUAUAGCCCACGAUCAAGGUGACGCCUUGUGCCAAUUCCCAUAUCUCGAGACGAUGUCAAGCAGCGGCCAAGGCCCAACAACUAUUGCAUCUUCGGAUGCUAGACGACAUGAGGGUGGUUCUCAGGGGACCAUGCUUUCCACGGAUGGCGCCGACAUCGACGAUGCCCUAGCUCGCUACGGCGAUAUAGAGUCCGCCGCUGCGCUCCCAGGCAGUGACCUCAAUGAACAAGGCCCUCGGAUGCUUGUCGACGUCAGUCCGGUGACUAGCUUCGUGGAGAUGGGGCACACCACCGCGGCCAACUUUACACUGAACUAUCUACAGACCAUGGCCCUUCAACUCGUUUGCAUGUUUCUGGACAAAUAUGCGGCCAAUCCGGACUCGGCGGGCCAGCAUCUUCAAUAUACCGGCGGGCCGGGUGGCACGGGAAAGUCGAGGAUCAUCGAUGUCCUGAAGGACGUGUUCGCGGCGAGAAACCAGCCACAUCUUCUGCAGAUAACCGGCACAUCAGGCAGUUCGGCGGCCCAGAUUGGCGGCACGACAAUCCACUCGGCCUGUGGGUUAGAUUCCCAUCGCGAUGCAAACAAACCGCCUCCCCCCUUCUCGGAGGCGAAGAAAUGGAUAUGGAAACAGAAGCUAGUACUCGUGAUUGACGAGGUCAGUAUGCUAGGAGGAGCCACUCUGUACAACGUCAGCCGCCACCUGCAGGCACUCCGUGACUGUCCGGACGAGCCGUUUGGUGGGAUGCCUGUCGUUCUACUGAUGGGAGACUUCUACCAGUUCGCCCCCGUGCGGGAAACAAGCCUCCUGAUCAACAGACCGCCGGACCGAACACAGACCCCCCUGCGACAAGCGACCAUCUCUCACCACAGCGGCUGCAGAUUGUGGCAUAUGUUCAAAACCGUGGUGCUCCUUGAAGACCAAGUCCGGGCCCGCAACGAUCCCCAACUUCGCGCACUCCUGGAUCGAGUCCGUAACGGGCGGCAGACACAGCAAGACCUCGACUUGCUCAAUGCCAAUAUCGUAGGACGCUCCCAAAUCACCUUCCAUGAUGGUUUGCGUGCUAUAACGCCGCUGAACCGCACCCGCUGGGCCCUCAACAUGGAAGCUGUCGUGGGCUGGGCGCGCUUCAACAAGCGGCAUAUCCGUAUCUUUGUCUCGACUCACACCUGGCGCAACGGCACGCUUUCUCCAAACAUCGUGGCGCGAACCAUAGGACAAGGUGACGACUCCGCCUGCAAGGUCCCCGGCGUCUUCUUCUACGCUCAGGGCAUGCCUGUUGUUGUGAACAAGAACAAUAACAUCUACACUGGCUUGAAAGUUGUGAAUGGGGCAGACUUUACUGCCGUGGACGUAAUACUCGAUCCCAAUCACCCAGGAUACCACUUGGCGGAUGACGUGACCAUCCACUUCGGGCCACCGCUCGGGAUUCUUCUGCAGUCCGAGGAGACGAAAGCCUUGGCGAUACCGUCCCUCCCGGUGGGGACGGGUAAAACGUUCGUCGAAGUACUGUUGGGGCUGCGUGGAAAUCGUGUGACCAAUGGUGAACCCUCCAAGUGCGAUUUUACGAGCCUCUAUGUGCAACUGUCCAGGUGCACCUCGCUUCGGGGCAUCAAGCUUCUUGGUCCCGUGAGACACCAUGAUUUCAUUGGCAAUGGGCUGGAUCAGGCCAUACUUGAUGGAAUGCAGAGACUCAAGAACUUGGCCGCGGAAACGAGACGGUUAUACGAGGACCAAGAUUUCGAAAAGUAG